AUGCAAUUAAAAUUCAUAGCCCCACAAAUCGUUAAUGGAGAAGUCGAGGUCGUGAUCGAAGAUGAAGACAUUGACUCAGAAUUAAAAUUCUGGGACACAUCUCUGAUACUGUAUGUCCUUGGAGCAGAUAUGAGUAUGCAUUCGGUUAAGCAGUUUAUGACAAAGAUGUGGAAUUUUGUAGCCUUGCCAGACAUGUAUUACCACGAAGAUGGGUAUUUUCUGCUGCGAUUUGGAACACAUAGAGACAAGGAUGAAGUGUUAAGGAAGGGCCCCUACACAAUUAGAAACAUGCCCGUCAUUCUUCGAGAAUGGAGGCCGGAAUUUGACAUGAGAAAGGAUUUGCUCAGAACCCUCCCUGUAUGGAUUAAACUGCCUAAACUUCCUUUGUAUCUGUAA